AUGGCCAUCUACUCAAUUCUCAUCGCGCUGGCUUGCCUCACAGGCCUGAACGCCCAGUUCAGCAAUACUGGACAGAACGAGAUCCUCUAUGCUCACAACAACCUUCGAUCCAGCAUUGCUCAAGGCACCUAUGUCGCCCGUGGCACCCAAAAGCAAAGCGCCACCAAUAUGAUGAAAAUGAAGUGGGACGCGAGUGUGGCGGCGAGCGCGCAGGCCUACGCCAACAGAUGCCCGACGGGCCAUUCGCACGCCGCCGGUCUCGGCGAGAACCUCUACUGGUAUUGGACGUCGGCGAGUCUUGGUGAUCUCAAUCAAUAUGGAGCCAUGGCCUCGCAAUCGUGGGAGAAGGAGUUCCAGGACUACGGUUGGAACUCGAACUAUUUCGACACCAAUCUGUUCAACAGCGGCAUCGGACACGCCACCCAGAUGGCGUGGGCCAGCACCUAUUUGAUCGGAUGCGGUGUGAAGGCGUGCGGAAAAGAUCAGGGAAUGAACAAGGUGACGGUGGUGUGCCAAUACAAACCGCCGGGCAACUAUCUCAACACGUAUAUCUACGAAGCGGGACCGACGUGCUCGAAUUGUCCGGCCGGAACGAGCUGCGACAAAGUCGGUCUUUGCUCUUAG